GGAGAACACUGAGUACUUCUUUACUUACGCAUGGGGGAAUGUGUCUUUUAACAAGCUUAUGGAUUCAUGUAAAAAAGACGUGCAUCAUCAGAAGAGGAACUAUGAGAAGAAGAAGGAAGUUAAGGGGAAACAGAAAGAAGCAAAAUACAGUUUGUAUGGUUAUGUCCUUGCAUUGCAGUAUUGGGCAUACGAAGCCAUCCAACAGUUUGCACGUGAGUAUGGUAUUAACCAUGGAAACCAGUUUCCGAGGAUGCUCAGUUGGUCGAGCAAUAAGGAGCGUCCUAUUUCAAAGGCCGACCUUGCACCGAUGUUCAAGAAGACGAGUUUGAUUGUGUUGUCCAUGUUGAAGCCCUGGCCUUCGGAAAUAGAUUAUUAUAGCGCUCUGACGGAGGGUGAUGCUCCCUUGUAUCCCGGGUUGGGCCAAGAAGAAGAGGUAGAAACUCCCACUGAUUUUGAGAAGGUGGCGGAGAUAGCUGCUGAGGUUGCGAAGGCAGCCAAUAUUUUUGUUGAUGGCCCUGAUGAUGAGGAUACCCCAGUCCCUAUCGGCCCCAGCCCCAUCGGUACACCCCAGUCCUGAUCAACCUGAUUUACGGGAGGUGUUGGAGAGGUUGGAGCGAGUCGAGAGUCGUCAGGAUACCAUCCUAAAGAACCAGGCUGUCAUCAUGGAUGCUGCCAAUAAGAUCUUGACAUUCGUACAAGAUCUUCCAAAUGAUUUUGAUUCCGACUCACUUGACCUCCCAGAUGAUUUUGUCUCACAUGACAUAGGCACUCCUCCCCCGAUAGUACUCACAGCAAAUCCUGAGACCCCAGGUGUUGCUAUUAUAGAACCUGGGGAUGUUGCUGGUGUAGAGUUUGAAUUGGCCAAGAGGAAAAGACGCAAACCUAAGAAAUUUGAAGACUACACCGACCCAACAAGAAAGAAAGCUCGUUUGGAUGCGAUUGAUGACGUGCCAUUAGUCCUCGACCCUCUAAAGAAGCCACUUGCUACACAGUACAGGACGGUCGGCAAGUGGUUUCUUGGAGAUAUUCCGAACAAGACGAAGAGGGAUGUCCAAAUUGGUGUG